AUGACUUUGAGCUCCAUCCUCAUCUGGACUCUCCUCUGCUGCUGCUUGACAGAGUCCAGAGGCCAGGUCACAGUGACUCAGCCUGGAGCAGUGAGGGCUGCUCCGGGAGCCUCCGUCACCAUCACAUGUAAAACCAGCCAGGAUGUUUAUGUUUGGAACAGCAAACACAUUUUAGCCUGGCACCAACAGAAAGAUGGAGAAACUCCUGAACUCCUCAUUUACUAUGCUAAUGCUCGAGCAUCAGGGAUUCCAGAUCGUUUUACAGGCAGUGGAUCAGGGAGUGACUUCACUCUGACCAUCAGUGGAGUCCAGGCUGAAGAUGCAGCAGUUUACUACUGUCAGAGUCAACAUUAUAUCAACAGUCAGUAUCUGUUCACACAGAGCGACAACAUCAUCUUCUCAGUGGAUGACGAGAGAAUCCCUCGCUUUGUGGAAGAACCUGUGAGAAGGCUGGGCGGGCUUUACACAGCUGACCUCUCUGAAAAGAACAUGGCCUCAGCUGUUUCAAUCCAACUCAUGGACGGCCUGCACAAGAUCGACCAAUGCUUCCUGUCAGGGAAAUUCAAGCUGGGAGCCUCCGUCUCCAUCACAUGUAAAACCAGCCAGGAUGUUUAUGCUGGGAGCUGUUUACACUGGUACCAAAUGAAAGAUGGAAAAUCUCCUAAACUCCUUAUUUACUAUGCUGAUAGUCGAGAAUCAGGGAUUCCAGAUCGUUUUACAGGCAGUGGAUCAGGGAGUGACUUCACUCUGACCAUCAGUGGAGUCCAGGCUGAAGAUGCAGCAGUUUACUACUGUCAGAGUUACCACAGUGGUGAUGUG